AUGAACCCGUUGCUGCAGAAUGAUCGGACAGUGGUAAGUGGUGGUGGCCUAGCUUCUCCUCUUCCAUCUCGCUCGUUUCAGAAAGGACCGGGUGUGAUCGCACGAGUCACUCCGUCGGGAACGCAAUACGUGGCAUCGGUGGUCGCCGCCGCAUUCUCCGCUCAUUUCGCCGACAUCCGUCCGCCCCAAAUGCGCAGGGACCACCAGCUCACCUCGAUUUCUACCGUAUCCCUGCGGCGCCUGAUGCUCGAGACCCUGCAGUUGGACAAACAGAGCGUCACCACUGGCACCGCCGACGGACUCCUCCGCAUUUCCGUCCGCAACGUGUCCGUCAGCUCGUCGGCCGUGCUCAGCGGAGAGCUCCGCGGCGUCCGGCUCGACGACAAUAUCACUUUUCGGACGCCGGCGCUGUGGUUGGACGUCGCCGUUCGGAUCAAUAAGAAUGCGGGCGGGAACCCUGCGUUGAAGGUGAGUUGCGCCACUUUUUAAUUUGAAUUGGAACAAACACACGCAUCUGAAAUUGCAGGUUGAAAACUGUCAAGUGCGUACGCAAGGCAUCAAACUCGUCACGAAGCCCAUGGAUCCUCGGAACGGAAAAUCGCUGGCUGACGCGAUCGCCGUCGACGCCAACGCGAUCUUCUUUUCAAUGAUCUGUCCGAAACUGGAGCACAUCGUGACGAACCGCGUCAAUCAACGAUUCGCCCUUCUCUCGAGCAGAAUCUCGUUGGAGGACUCGAAGAAUUUCGAUAUUGUCAAGAUUAUAAUGCAGGCCGAGGAGCGCAUGAAGCGGUUGGUUCGGCAGAAGUGAGUGCAUCGUUUGAGACAAUGUAUCUCAGUUGUUUGAAGAGUUAUGAGAAAGUUGUCAACUGACAAAAUGUCUACAAUAUUUUUGUGAACAAUUUAUCAGUUGAUAACUUUUUGCCAUCUCCACUGGCAGCUGAGAUAUGAGCGGUUUUGAGAUGGCUACUGUAGAGUGUAAUCUGCAGCAUGCUCCGCUCGAACCACGUGGCCGCCCGUCGGACCGUCCACGCGCACACCGCAAAAAGGGUGUCCCGAGUGCCCAGACAGACCGAAGACAAGUUCCAUCUCAUCCUCAACUCGUUCAAUUUCGUGAGUUUAAGACAAAUUGCACGAUUAUCACGCUUCAAUGCCUCUUUCAGUCGCGUGCCGACUCCCUAAUGCUCGACUACGCGAUGCUCUCGGCGCCGUCGCUGACCGCCCGUGGAAUCGAACUGCAAACGUCGGGGGAAGUGUUCCAGACGGGCCACACGACUCCGUUCGGCGCCGGGCCCAUCUUCUUGCCGCGGUCCGCCCAGCCGCCCUCCCCGCAAAUGCUGCAGAUUGUGGUGAGCGACUUCGUGCCCAACUCUCUCAUGUUCCACGGCCAUCGCAUCAAACUGUUCGACACGCGCAUCGACUGGACCACCCCGCAGUUCGGACCCGUCAUGAGGACGACGUGCGAUCUCAGCACCGGCUCGCUCUUUUGCAUCGGCGACCUGUUCCCGGCGCUCAGGGAACUGCUCCCCGAUCGGAAUAUCGCGUUCGUGUUCACCACUUUGCGCGCGCCCGCCGUCAUUAUGCAACCGGAGGAUAAAGGUGAGCAACGCAACUAGAGGUACUGUAGGUUACUGUACAUAGUUUCAGCAGGUUUUGCUCUCAAACUUUGAACGAGCAUAACUCGCUUCAAAGCGAAGCUACAGUAACCAACCAAAAACGAAAAUGAUCCAAAUUUUUAUCAUUUUUUUCCAGGUGGAAUCCACUUCAACCUGCUCGGAUUGAUCCGCUUGGUGUCCGAUCGAAACGAACCGAUCGGCGAGAUGGAGAUCCGCAUCGAGGCGCUCAUGAAAAUGAAGUUGACGCCGAAAAGUGUGAAGGGAAAAGUGACGAUCGAGGAGAUUCAGUUUGUGAGUCUGAAAAAACGCUGCUUUUUUCCAGCAAAAUCGUGAAAAAUGCACUUUUCCAAGAAAAUUCUCUAAAAUUCGAUAAAUUUCUCCACUGCGCCAUUCGACCCCAUUCUGUCGGCCGGGGUUCGAACCCCACCCAGUGCAAAAUCUCGCCAAAACUUUUUUGCAAACGUAAUCCGCUAUUUCAGACGUCGCGAACGCCCCGAAUCUUGCUGCAAGAGGAGUUGGACGACGCCGGUUUCCUGUCCCGCGAGAUUCUGCAGCGAAUGGUCAACGAUAUUCUGCGACAGGGCAUUCCGAUUCCGAUCCAUCCGCUGUUCAAGCUCGUCAAGCCCAAAUUGACCCUUCUGGCCAGGUCGAUGCUCUUGGAGACCAACUUUUUGCUCAACGAGCACAUUAUCGCCCAGCUGACCGCCGAGACUUUGGUCGCCUAG